UGUACCCUCCUCCUUGGCCCUCGUGUAGGCCACACUUCCGAUACGCUCUCAACUCCAACUCCAAGACCCUCUAGGCGGCGGCGGCGGCGGCAUCCGCGAUCGUCGGAGAGUCAAGUCGCCGGCCGCAGAUGGCGGCGGAGCGGCUGACGCGCAUAGCGAUCGUGAACGAGGACAGGUGCAAGCCCAAAAAAUGCCGCCAGGAGUGCAAGAAGAGCUGCCCCGUCGUCAAAACAGGGAGGCUUUGCAUUGAAGUUAGUCCCGCAUCGAAGGUUGCAUUUAUUUCUGAAGAGCUGUGCAUUGGUUGUGGAAUUUGUGUUAAGAAAUGCCCCUUUGAUGCCAUCGAGAUCAUCAACCUUCCAAAAGAUUUGGAAAAGGACACAACCCAUCGCUAUGGGCCAAAUACCUUCAAAUUGCACAGGUUGCCUGUUCCAAGACCUGGUCAAGUUUUGGGCCUUGUCGGAACCAAUGGAAUUGGAAAGUCCACAGCGCUUAAAGUCUUAGCUGGCAAGGUGAAACCUAAUUUGGGGCGAUUCAAAAAUCCACCUGAUUGGCAGGAGAUCCUUACAUACUUCCGUGGGUCGGAACUUCAGAAUUAUUUUACGCGUAUAUUGGAGGAUAACCUGAAGGCAAUUAUCAAGCCUCAAUAUGUUGACCACAUUCCAAAAGCUGUGCAAGGAAAUGUGGGGCAAGUACUUGACCAGAAAGAUGAGAGGGGUAUGAAAGCUGAGCUGUGCGUCGACCUUGAAUUGAACCAAGUUAUUGACCGAAAUGUAGCAGAUCUUUCUGGUGGUGAGCUCCAGAGGUUUGCAAUAGCAGUCGUUGCUGUGCAAAGCGCAGAAAUUUACAUGUUUGAUGAACCAUCAAGUUACCUUGAUGUUAAGCAGAGGCUUAAGGCUGCACGAGUCAUUAGAUCCUUGCUUAGAACGAACAGCUAUGUCAUUGUUGUCGAACAUGACUUGAGCGUCUUAGAUUACUUGUCCGACUUUAUUUGCUGCUUAUAUGGAAAGCCAGGAGCUUACGGUGUAGUUACCCUUCCAUUUUCCGUCCGAGAAGGUAUCAAUAUUUUCCUGGCUGGAUUUGUUCCAACCGAAAAUCUUCGGUUUCGAGACGAAUCUCUUACAUUUAAGAUUGUGGAGACCCAGGAAGCUGAGGAGAUUACGUCAUACCAGAGAUACAAGUACCCUACCAUGAGUAAAACACUGGCAGAUUUCAAGCUCACUGUCAUGGAAGGUGAAUUCACUGAUUCACAGAUUAUUGUGAUGCUUGGUGAGAAUGGGACAGGGAAAACUACAUUCAUUAGAAUGCUGGCUGGGCAUUUGAAGCCAGAUACUGUGGAAGGAACUGAGAUUGAAAUUCCUGAAUUCAAUGUGUCCUAUAAGCCUCAGAAGCUCAGCCCAAAAUUCCAGGGUUCAGUGAGGCAAUUGCUACAUAAAAAAAUCCGGGAUUCAUAUACCCACCCCCAGUUUACAUCUGAUGUCAUGAAGCCACUGCAAAUUGAGCAGCUCAUGGACCAGGAAGUUAUGAAUUUAUCAGGCGGGGAACUCCAAAGAGUGGCAUUAUGCCUUUGUCUAGGAAAGCCUGCAGAUAUUUAUUUGAUUGAUGAACCAAGUGCAUAUCUUGAUUCAGAGCAACGUAUUGUUGCCUCGAAGGUUAUAAAAAGAUUCAUCCUUCAUGCGAAGAAAACUGCGUUUAUUGUGGAGCAUGAUUUCAUUAUGGCAACCUACUUAGCUGACAAGGUUGUCGUUUAUGAGGGACGGCCUUCUGUUGACUGUACUGCCAAUGCGCCAGAGUCUUUGGUAUCUGGAAUGAACAAGUUCUUGUCGCAUCUUGACAUUACAUUUAGAAGAGAUCCGACCAACUAUAGGCCGCGGAUAAACAAAUUGGAGUCUACAAAAGACAGGGAGCAAAAGUCUGUAGGAUCCUACUACUACCUUGAUGAUUAAUAUACGAGGGAACACAGGUUGCUGAUGAGGAGUAAAGUUGUGCAUCUGUUGCAAACUGGCCGGAGCAUGUCAUGCUGAUGAUAGUUAGUCUUGUUGUUCGACGUUUGACUGAUAAGGAUGAUCAUCUAUCGUAUGUAACACGUAUUAUAAUUGUUAGAUAACGAUCUACAUGCCUCCUGUAGGCAAAACUGAUUUGUGUAAACUUGGCAUUUCAUUUUGAAUGUUGGGUUGCAGAAUUGUUCAAGUGUGUCUUUGUACCCCCUGGA